AUGGCUUAUCUAGCUGACUCGUUUAUCGGGAGGUUCCAAACACUGUUGUUUUCAAAUAUUGCUUAUAUCGGAGCUUUGGUGCUGUUUUAUAUGUUUCAUCCAUAUGAUGUGACUUGGCUUCUUGUGAUCUCACUAGUUCUGUUAGCUCUUGGAACAUCAGGUGACCAAAUUUUAGAAGAUGUACUUCAGGACUUGGUAAAUGACAUUGACAAGUCACCAGAUCGGGAAGAAACACGAUCUAUUGCACGUGCAACAAUUUGGUCACGUGUAACUAACAUGUCGGCUGCCGUGUUAUCAACAUUACUGUGGGCUAUCCCUCAUGCUACUAGUGGGCUCGAUUCAUCUUGGAAAAGUGCAUUCGUUAUUUGCAUAAUCCCAAUGAUAUUAGCUGUGAUUGUAUCUGGAUUUGGUCAUAAUGUUUAUCAUCAGGGCGAGCUUACAGAAAUUCAACUUGACAUCUUAGGGUGUUUGAAGAUUUUUUCAAGACAUAAAAGAUCUCCAAAGAAUAUGGAUAUAGAAAAGGGAGAAACCGAAGGGAUAAAACAAGAAAUAACGCUACACUUAGAAGAUAAAGUGGUUCUAAAGAGCCUUUUAGAAAUGCUUCCCAUGUGGGUAGUAUUUUCGGUAGUGUCCAUAAUAUCAGCAGCUGGGAACACAUUCUUUCUUCAACAAUACAGCAACCUAGAUACCGACAAUGACAUUGCAGUACAACUCUACACCUUGGUUCAAGAAUUUUCAAGCUUUGCCAUCGCAUUUUUAUAUCGUUGGAUUUGUUGUUUGCCAAAAAAUGAGAAGGUCAAAAUUGGGGUAGGAAUGCUUUGUGGACUAGUAAGUUGUAUUUGUGCAUGGCAACUAGAGGUUUAUAGGUUAAAAGAAGUCAGUUAUCUGGUUGAUGAAGAACAUACAUAUACUUCCAUAAGUUUUCUAUGGUUAGUACCUCAAUUCUGUUUGGUUGGUUGCAUGAAAGGGCUUACUGAGGAAGGGCUAUUAGAGUUCUACAAUUCACAAAUGAAAAAAGAGCACUAUUUGCAGCGUUAUCGGGAGGAAUAUAUUGCAUUUGUGAUGGGCAUAGGAAAGGUUCUAAACAUUUUUCUUAUCUUAAUAUGUAGAGGAUGGUUCGGGGACACGAUUAAUGAAAGUCGGCUAGACAAGUACUAUUCGGUUAUGGUGUGUGUUGGAUCAGCAAACUUCAUAACCUAUUGUUGCAUUGCAAGGUUUUUUUACAAGGGCCAAGAGUUGGUUGAUGCUGAUGAUGACGUCGACUUCGCUAAUGAUGAUGUACAACAAGAUCAUUUUAUAGAGCAAAGUAGCGACAUUGAACAACAGAAAGACUUGGCUAAUGAUGAUCAGAAUCAUGAUAAUCAGGACUUUGCUAAUGAUGAUUUACAACGGUAUUAUUCAAGAGAGCAAUCCAGAGACAUUGAACAAAACCGGGACACGGGUUUGGCGUCUAGUUUUGAAUCAAGUAAAGUAGUGUUGGAACUUAGUUGA